GGAGUUCAUACAUACAGAUGCAACAUCGAGACGGACCGCAAGUUGGUUCAUACUUUGUUAGAUAAGAAUAAGCUUUUGGGGUUUAAUCUAUUUUACUAUCGAUAGUUACUUCACCAACAAUCUAUCCCUGGGAGACACAUCACACCAAUCCACCCAACUAACUUUAUCAUGUCACCUCCUGUCACUUCCAUUAUCAAGCCUGCUCUAAUCGUUGUAGAUCUUCAAGAAGAUUUUUUACCUCCAAAUGGUUCUCUAGCUGUGAGCAAUGGUAGAGAUACAAUUCCUAUCAUCAAUAACCUCCUCACUCUUCCAUUUCACCUCAAGAUCGCCACCAAAGACUGGCAUCCUUCGAAUCAUAUAUCGUUCGCUUCAAACCAUGCAGGUAAACAACCAUUUGCAGAUUUUACCACCAUCAUCAACCCAUCCAAUCCUUCUGAGACUUAUCAAGUACGUCUCUGGCCACCUCAUUGCAUUCAGGAUACGCUCGGCUCUGAGUUUCCCUUUGAACUGGAUACAAAUAAGUUUACCAAAACUAUCCUCAAGGGACAAAAUCCUGAUGUAGAAAUGUACUCAGCAUUUUAUGAUCCCUUAAAGAAUCCUCGAUGUAGUGACAGUGGAUUAGCAACUCACUUAAAAAACGAAGGCAUUACACAUGUCUAUGUAGUAGGUCUAGCUGCCGAUUAUUGUGUCAAGUGCACUGCCGAGGAUUCCGCCACGGAAGGGUUCAACACUUUCAUUAUAGAGGAGGGAACUCGAGCCGUCGAUCCUACAUCGUGGGAAACCAUGAAUUUAGGUUUGAAAGGGGUCAAAGUCGUGAGUGUGACUGGAGAGGAAGUAAACCAAGUAAGAAAGUUGGGCAAUUGAGGGAAGGUCUAGCACGGAUGUCAAAUUACAAUUCGGUCUUUUUUCAAUGACUGUUGGUUGUGCCGAAGAUGUGCUGAAAGCAAAUUCAUGCAAGUGUCUCAGGUGGUGACACCGAGUACAAUGCCCGUACUUCAAUAACCUUCUUUACGAAGGGGAAGUCAUUGUAUUGCAAACAUACCAUUUCAAUUAAAUUAUAAUAGUAGAAACAUCAAUCAGAUAUAACUACA